UUCCCUACUCAUUCGUUUCGCGACGCGUUGUCUCGCCGGCCGGCUUCCGCCUCAUUCGUACCGCGUACGCUGCCCGCAACACUCGAUCGCACACUUAACUAAUCAAACAUGACAGAAAGCACGGACACCCCUGCGGCCGCGGCGCCCGAAAAGACCCCAACUGAGAAUGGAACCACCGAAACUCCUCCAGAAGAGACCCCCGAGAAAGCCACAGAGGAGAAGGAAAAGGAGACCCCGCCACCCAAGGAGAUGCGCGCCGUCGUCCUAACCGGCUUCGGCGGUCUUAAAACUGUCAAAAUUCUGAAGAAACCAGAGCCGACACCGGCUGAAGGUGAAGUCGUCAUCCGUGUUAAAGCUUGCGGUCUCAACUUCCAAGAUCUGAUCGUUCGACAGGGAGCCAUAGAUUCGCCACCGAAGACUCCUUUCAUUCUCGGCUUCGAAUGUGCUGGAGAAAUCGAGCAGGUUGGAGAAGGCGUCACCAACUUCAAGGUUGGAGACCAAGUAGUCGCUCUGCCAGAAUACCGGGCAUGGGCGGAACUGGUCGCGGUACCGGCGCAGUAUGUGUACGCGCUGCCCGAAGGCAUGUCAGCGUUGGACGCGGUGGCCAUCACCACCAACUACGUGGUCGCGUAUCUGCUGCUCUUCGAGAUGGCCAACCUGACGCCCGGCAAGAGCCUGCUGGUGCAUUCCGCUGGGGGUGGUGUGGGCCAGGCUGUCGCUCAACUAGCGAAGACGGUGGAUAACGUGACGGUCUUCGGAGUGUGUUCCAAGAGCAAGCAUGAAGCACUCAAGGCCAAUAACAAUAACAUCGACCACCUGCUCGAGCGCGGCAGUGACUACACCAGCGAAGUUAGGAAGAUCACUCCUGAUGGCGUCGAUAUCGUGCUGGACUGUCUGUGCGGUGAAGAAUGCAACCGCGGGUAUUCGCUUCUCAAGCCCAUGGGUCGAUACAUCCUCUAUGGUUCAUCUAACAUCGUGACCGGCGAAACGAAGAGUUUCUUCAGCGCCGCGCGUGCUUGGUGGCAAGUGGACAAAGUGUCGCCGAUCAAGCUGUUCGACGAGAACAAGAGCCUCGCGGGGCUGAACCUGCGUCACCUGCUGUUCCAGCACGGACGCGCGGAGUACGUGCGCCGCGCCGUCGAGCGCGUGUUCGCGCUCUGGGGCGACGGGAAGGUGAAGCCGCUCGUGGACUCUACUUGGGCGCUGGAGGAUGUUGGUGAAGCAAUGCAGAAGAUGCACGACCGCAAGAACAUCGGCAAGCUCGUUCUAGAUCCGUCUCUGGAGCCGAAGCCGAAACCGGCGACUCCCGCCAAGGGCAAGUCCGGGAAGGAGAAGAAACCAGCCAAAGAGAGCUCCGAGGAGAAGAAAGAGAAGGAGACCAAGGAAGAAGAGAAGAAGCCAGCGGAGAACGGAGAAAAGAACGGUGAGGAGGCGCUCACUAACGGUAACAGUGAUGAAGAGUCGAAGGAGAAGGAGAAGGAAUCUAGCUGAAUUGUUUCCCCAGAAAGCUGGACCAGAUAAACCACCGCCAAUUAAUUAUUUUAGUGUUGCUCGUUUUAGCGAAGCGAAGCCGCGCUUGCACACCGGCGCCGCUACAACCACUAUAUUACGUUGCCUCAUAUUUGAUUUUAUAAGUCUGAGUAUGGCCCUGGACGAUCUUCCAACUUUAUCAAGAUUUUUCAAAAGCGUUUCGAAUGCGAUUAGGUAAUACAAAAACCUUAUAAAGGACUAUUAUUAACGAGGCUAAACAGUCAUUAUUAAUUGAUUUGAUAUUGUAUUCGUUUGUAACAAACCCUUUUGGAAAGUCACGCUGAUAUAUCGAUAUCGUUGCAAGUAUCGACAUCGUCGUAAAUGUCUCAUUUAAGUUAAUCUUUACGUUUUUGUAUUCUAUUGUUCAUCACAUUCAAAUUAUUAUAAUAAAAUAGACGAUUAUGCAGCAACAUAAACGGUACAGCGAAAUUGAAAUCGAUUAUGUCUAAUUUAAUUAAAAUUUAUUUUUAUACUUUUCGUUUUAUCUCUGGCCUAAGUUGAUCGUUUUCCACAAAUCUCAUAGUUUUAAAUUUUUAGGACUUUAUUUUAGGACGAGAUAUUUUUGUCAGCGGUUAUUUUGAAUGGCUAUUGUAUAAGAUGCAGAGAUGCUUAAUCUUUAUGUAUGUUAAGCUUUAAUAUUUUAUUAGUAAAUGUUUAAAAUUUGGCCCUGGUACCCCUCCCGGCCCCGCUCAGCUCGUCGCGUUCUCGCUACUUUGAACUUUAAACUCACCAUACACUAGGACACUAAUCGCACACACACACCCUGAAAUGAACGUUCUAACUCACUAACAUUCUGUGUAUAGUGCCCCAAGGCACGUUUAAAAAAUUUUUUUCAAAAAAUCGAAACCCUACGUGUGAUAUUUUGUACUAGACAUGCUAGUUUUUAUACGAUAUGUACACUGCCCACCGUUUUCAUUCUUUUCGGAUUUCGAAAA